CCAUUUUAUUUCGCCACAACACACUGCAGACAGAGCUAGCCUUUUGUUCCACUUGCCUGCAAUUUUUCCUCGUUUCAAGUAUUUUGCAAGUUGCUGGAAUGUCUUUUACUCAGCUAACAGUGUCGCGGCCAGCGUUUGUCGGAGAUGGGUCAAAUAGCGGCGACAGUGCAAAGCGAGUGAAGCUCGAAUUCCCUACGAAAGCACGGACCGAGAGAAAUUCAGUUGUCCUGCUGCAACCUGUCUCGGUUGUAAUCCCCCACGGGAUGCAGCCCGAGGACGCUGCUGGUCUUGUGCGCAUGUGUCAGUGGAACCAGGAGCUGUCAGCAAUGGUGAUGCAUCUGCAGAACCGGGUAGCUGAGCUCCGCCAGGCGCAACAGCAUGCACCAGGCCAGAUGCCAUCAGAUUCGCCCAUGAGUUCUGCAUCGACACUCGCUCCAACGAGCCCGCUGAACCAGCAGCCAGACAGGCCAUACCAAUCACUACGGCACUGCGACUUCAAAUACGGGGUUCGGCGCAUAUACAUAUUGAAACUUCGUGCAACCAAAGCGAAUAUGGCGCAGAAGCUUAGUGACAUAGGGAUUGACUCUGACUGGGCAGUGCAUGUCCAGUUUUUGACGCUGAGUGUGGUUGAGGCCUUCGUCAAAGCAGAGUUUUCCAAGCAGUUCUUCGAUAAGCUCAUGGAAGCUGGUAUUCAGGUGCUUGAUGGGUAUGAGCCGAUGACAAAGGCCCACCCAGGCCUUACAGAUGGCGAGGCGACGCAUAUAGCAGCGUCAUACGGUACGGUGCUGAGAAAAACACUCAAAAAGUUGUCCGCGCCGACUUGCUCUGUAGAGGAAAAGUUCCUUCAUUACCUCCGAGAAUAUGCCAAGGAGAUUGGCGCUCCGCUUAAGGCCACCGUCGUCCAAAUGCAAUAUUUGAUGCUUCCAUCGCCUAGCCACUCGCCAGAUCAGCUGCAGCACCACGCAGACCAGUCGCCACACACCGUGUUGCCGCCAAAAGAAUUUACAGUGUACAGGCCGAGGCUGUCCGAUUUUUCAUCGCCGCAAAUGUCUAGCCCAUGCGCUUCACUUGAACCCGUUAAGGUUAAGAUAGCACCAGAAACCCCACCAGAAGAGGCGAAAGAGAUCGCAAAAAUGUGCGAGUACAACAACGAGCUCCGGCUGAUAGCCGAACUGCUUCAGAAAAGGAUCACAAUAUACGAGCAGCAACAACAACAGCGGAAUCAACAGAUACAAGAAUACAAAGCAGUAAACCAGGAAACAACGCCAACCAAUUCUGAUAAAGCCAGCACACAAAGCCGCUCUCUCAACCCUUCCCCCGAACGACACAGCUACGCCAAGAAGGAUUCUUGUGGAGUUUGCACACACGGCCUGCCUGAGCCAUCACCUGUCGAGGCCAAGUAUGCCAUCCGCACGCUGUACAUAAAAGGCAUGCGUGUCUUUCCAUACCCCUACAUGGACAAGGUCCUGCGGCACUACGAUAUCGACGAUCUGGAGAUCUACCAUGUCAACUAUGUGCUUCCUGAUGUCUGUGAGAUAUUUGUUUCUCAGCGAGAUGCUGAGGUUUUGGUGCGGAGACUACGGCGAUACGACAAGGCUAUUUUUAAGGGCUUUCACCCACUGCAUAUUUCGCUCAGGAGCAAGAUGUCGCUGGAGACAAAGAAAACCGAGUACAGAAAGCGCUUGCUGACCAGCUAUCACAGAUGUGACAAUGGGAAUUUCCGCCGGCUCUACGAUAUAGAUCAGGGGCAGGGCGUAUGUGUCCUGACAGACACGCGGACAGCCGGGAUGUGCAUCUGCACGUCGUUUGUGCUGUGCAUCGUUGCCUGGGGAUUGUGUUACAGGAAGUCUGCUUCCUUCUUCUUGCACAUCCUGCCUCCCGCUGAUAUUUUCAACCAUGCUGCCACCUGUUAUUUCACAAGGCGGGUUGAGGAGCACGCGCAUAGGGUCGUUUUGAAGACCUCACCAGUGCAAAUAAUGGACCUGGGAACCGGUGGCGGUCCGAGCCAGCUCGCACAGUGGAACGACCAGCCCUCUAGCCUACUUUAUGGUCUCCAAGGAGAGCUGUACUUGCUAUUGCCGAUGCUCCCAACUGGUCACCUGUCAUCAUCGACCGCGCCCGGGCCGCUGUCACCAUUUCUGCUGCUUGGUCCCUCCACCGACCAUGUGUCUGAUGACUGCACUGAGGAAUUUGCUUCCUGUGACCAACACCUGCACCCACACUCACCCUUGCCCUCGCCUCUCUCACGCAAACUUGGCACAUACACUGUCGACAUCCGUCCCUCACACACCUGUCGCAGCGAUAAGCGGCACAGCAUGCAUCGCAUCUACACGCUCGGCUUGAUGCGACCGCAAAACUCAUCCAUGCGAACUCAACAGAGGAAGAUGGGUAUUGACUCUUCAUAUGUUGUACAUUCGCAUAAUGUUGUGUGUGGUGUGAACAAGUUUGUCGUUGAAGCGUCGUAUGGGCGUAUGUUUGUCAGGCAUUUGAAUAGCAUCAAAGGUGUCAAGGUCAUACGGUUUUUUGACCUGCUGCACCCGACCUACAGUGAGCUGUCCCCGGCGCAGUGGGCAGCACCCCCUGGCAUGUACAAGCAACGAGUGAGGACGACAUUUUGCGAUUCCAAGCCUAGCAGACCCGGAUUUAUGGCGUACGCGAGGGAUUACAAGAGAGAAAUCGGGCUCUAGCCAGCUUCCACAAAGCGGAUGCAGGAGUGAGAUCUGCAAAGCAGACAUAGGCACUUGCUGCGCCUGAUAUCAAACGUCGGGAGAUGUGGUGCGGGCUGUAAACUCUUUCCUCUCUGUAUUCCAAAUAUCUUGAAAUAAACUCAUUUUCUCUACCUC